AUGGAGUGCGUGUCGUGCCUCGAGGGCAAGCAGACGCGCAACGCGCAGUCCCAACAAGACAGCGGCGAGCACUCGCCCAUCGAUCGCAUCGGCGGCGUCAUCUGUUCGGACCUGAAGGAUCCAAUGACACCGCGGGACCGACUCGGCAAUCGUUACCUUGUGAACUUCGUUGAUCACAAGAACAACUACUGCCGAGUCUUCCUCGCGCGCACGAAGGACGCUGCGGCGAGGCAGUUCGAGGCGUUCCUCGUCCACUUCGAGAAGCUUUUCGGGUUCAAGGUCCACGUGCUCCGCACGGACGGCGGCAGAGAAUACGCCAACGUGGACCUGUUCUGCGAGCGCACGGGCGUCGCGCGGCAAGUAUCGGAGGCGCGAAAUCAGGCUCCAAAUGGCAAGGCGGAACGAAUGCACCGGACAGUGCUGAACCUUGCGCGCAGCAUGAUGUUUGCCUGCGCGCUGCCCCUGAUGUUCUGGGGAGACGCGGUACUAUACGCCGUUCACAUCCUCAACCGGAGCCCUACGCGAGCAAACGCAAAGAGAGCGUCACCGCUCGAGGUGCUGACGGGCAAGACGCCGGAUCUGCGUGGAAUUGUCGUUUUUGGCUCCCAGUGCAGCGUGUAUAGAGACCCGCGCAAGAACUCGCUGCUGCAGCGCUCGGGGCGCGCCAUCAUUGUCGGCGUCAGCGAGGAAACCAAGGGCUAA